AUGAAAGAAUACUUCUCAAACUUUUUACAGAAGAUUCAAGUGUCAGCCAAUGACCAAGAAAAAACAUCCAACUGGGUCAAUAGGGAUAUCAUGCCCUUACCAUCUCGCAGAUGUACUUGGAAUGAUUGGGAUUUUGUUGGAUUCUGGGCUGUUAUUGCCUUAUCUAUUUCUACAUGGCAAGGCUGUUCUUCAUUGCUAUCCAUUGGUUUGAACGUUUGGCAAUCGAUGGUGAUAAUUAUUAUUGCCAAGUUGUUAAUGUUCUUGAUAGCUGUUGCCCACGGUUGGGGCGGUGCCGUUUGGCAUAUUGGAUUCCCGAUUUACUGCCGAUUUACCUUCGGAAUCAUCGGCUCGUUUUUUGCAUUUGCUCAAAGAAUAAUCCUUUGCAUUGUCUGGUAUGCAGAGCAGGCAUAUACUGGCGGAAUGUGCUUAUCAAUUUUGCUAGGGUCUAUCUUUCCAUCCUUUUAUAGGAUGAAAAAUCACUUUCCCGAAAGCCUCCCGAUGACCACAAAGACUUUUAUUGGGUUUGUCCUUUACCAUGUUUUGUCUAUUCCAUUUUUAUAUAUACCACCCGAAAAGUUUAAAGCUCCAUUCAGAUAUGUGUCAUUGAUAUCGUUGGCCGCAAUAUUGGGAACUUCUAUUGGCUCAAUGGUUCAUGCUCACGGUGCCGGGAACUUGUUGACAUCUAAGUCCAGUAUUACUGGAUCGUCUAAUAUGGGAAUGACCUGGAUGUACGGUAUUAAUAUUGUGAUUAAUUCAUACGCGGUUGGAUUAGCAAACCAGCCCGACUUUUCCAGGUUUGUAAAAAGACCCGGCCAACAGAUUUACGGUCAAGCCUUUUCCAUUUUGGUCCUUGGUACGAUUAUUCCUUUUCUUGGUCUUCUUGGUACUUCUGCUGCAUCAAAAAGUUAUGGUGAUGUCAGUACAUUGGGUUUAUGGAAUCCACCUAAUAUUAUCUCUCUGUGGCUUGAAGAAAAAUAUGAUUCAAAAUCAAGAGCUGCAGCUUUCUUUGCGUCGUUUGGAUUCUUCAUUAGUACACUUGGUUUAAAUACCAUUGAUAAUGGUGUCAGCGGAGCUAUGGAUUUGACUGCACUUGUUCCAAAGUUCAUUAAUAUUAGAAGAGGUGUUUACAUUAUUAUGAUAAUUUCUAUUGUGAUCAAUCCUUGGCAAAUAGUUUCUAAGGCCACAAUUUUCACAAAUGUUUUGGGCUCGUAUGGUUGCUUUUUGGGACCUAUGAUUGGAGUUAUGAUCAGUGAUUAUUUUUUGAUUAGAAAGCAAAAGUUGAAAAUUAGUGAUCUUUAUAUUUCGGAAAAAAGCUCAAUAUAUUGGUUCUUCCACGGAUUCAAUCUUAGAUCUUGGGCCUCUUGGAUUGCUGGAUUUAUCCCUGGAAUCAUUGGAUUUCCGUCAGUUAAUCCCGCUCUUACAGGCAAAGUUCCAGAAGCAGCAAUAAAAUUGUUUCAUAUUUCUUUCAUUAUUGGUUUCAUAAUCAGCUUUUUGCUUCAGACUCUUCUUGGUCAUCUUUUCCCUCCAGCGGGAUUAGGUGAAUUGGAUGACGUUAAUACUUCUUUUAGUGGUGAAGAACUUAAUCAAAUUUCUACAAUUCAAGAUAUUAACUCUACAAAGAGUGACGAGCUGGGCUCAUCAAGCAAAUCAGAAGCUGGAAUAAAGGAAUUAUCGGUAACAAAAGCUUAA